UUUCGUACUCGUUUCGAGAAAGAAGAUGGUUUAUAUAUAUUUCUGUGUGUCUCGAGUCAUCGUUGGAUUGACAUUUUUGUAGGCUGAACAAAACAGAUUAAAUUGAACAAACAUCCUGGACAUUUGGCUAAUUCUACCAUUUGCCGAAUAGGACCAUAUACCUCUGUAUCCUUGCACUUUUGAUAAAUCGAAUAGCACAGGCAGCAAGGAUGGUUAAACAUUAUGAGAACAGUUCAAUCUUCCAGUUUAAUUGGAAUCAAGUUGCACAAGGAUUUUGGCAAAGAUAUCCAAACCCUAAUAGUUCUCAUGUUUUGUCAGAGGAUACUGUGUCGAGGGAAGUUAAAAAUGGAAUUCUGUACACCAAAAGGCUGCUAACAAAAACUAACAGAGUACCUAGGUGGGGAGAGAGAUUUGUUAGUAAAAACAUUGUGAAAAUUGUGGAAGAGAGCAUGGUGGAUCCAAAGACUAGGACUUUAACAACGUAUACACGAAAUUUGGGUUAUGCAAAAGUAAUGAGCGUUGUAGAAAAAGUUGUCUAUAAAGUAAGCGAAGAGAAUCCUAAUUGGACCGUAGCAAAAAGAUCGGCAUGGAUUGAUAGUCAAGUGUACGGAUUUAGUAGACCUAUUCAGGCAUUUGGAUUGGAUAGAUUUAAAAAGAACUGCACUUUGAUGUAUACUGGUUUCAAUUACGUACUGGCACAUAUGUUCCCGCAUACGGCGCAGUAUAUGAAUCCAACGCUGUCGCAAAUGGGUUUCGUUCAUCGACUCGAGGAAGGACUCACCGGUAGAUCUAGUCUUGCGGAGGACUUCCAGCAAUCGUUACAGGGAAGGGCAGAGAAGGUGAAAGACGCUGCGAAGAAAGCAACGGAUUUAGCAAAGGAGAAGGCUGGACCGCUUUACGCUGCAUAUCAACCGCAGCAGUCGUAAAGGAAGUCGUGUCGGGGCGUGGGAAACGAUAAAAAGUAUUUUGUUAUCGAAUAAGAAACUGGAAACUCGUGGAAACUGGUGAUAGAACGUAGAACCUUUGUGAAAAAACAAAAACGAUUGUUUCGUUGCCGUAGGAAUCGCUUUGAAUCGAUACAGCGGCGUACGUAAAGUAAUUGGUAAGGAUAGUCCGCGUUUAAAAGCUAUUUCUUCAAGUUCGAGCACCUAUCCUAUUAUUUUUCGUAGAGCAGUAGUUGCGGAAAAUUAUCGCGCAAGCAGCUCUGUUAUACGAUAACACUACACAUUGUGCUAUAGCUACACUAUCAUUCCUGUUAACUGCCAAUCAAUUUUUAAUUAUUAAGAGUCGUGUAAUGUAACUUUGUAGUAAGUGUUUUAAAGCGUAAGAUCAUGUUUUUUACGGUGUCAAUGAAAGUUCGAACGUGGUGCCACGAUGGUAUGUCAACGACGCGACAGGAUACGGCGCAUUUUUGGAGGGAAACGUUUUAUCGUAGUGUUCGGAAGCGGUUUGAAUUCCAGUCUCCGUUUCAUUGCUUGCAUUUGCUCGAUUGCAUGGAAAAAUGGUGUUUGGCCUGUGAAACAUUGAAAAGUUGUACAAACAGUUCUCCCGGGGAUUUCGAAGGAAUUCAAUUCGCUUGAGUAAACGAUGAUUCUCGUCAAACGAGUAAUUGGCAUCGGUUGGCAUAAGUGUGUGAUUUGCAGGACACAAGACCCGCGUUAACAGAACCGUUUGAUUUCUAUUAUUCAAAUUUUUCAUCUCGGUGUUCCACGACACGUUAUUUAGCGACAAUUGUGAAAUUUUGAUUUUACAUGCAUUCGCAGAAAAUUGGCGGGAAUUUUGUUUCACGCGUGCAAGCAUAACGGAAUAUUGUAGUAUAUGUUGUUGCUGCGCAAGUACCAUGGGAACUUGCGGAACGUAGGCCAGAAUAUACGUAAAAAAAAAUUACGUUGCACGAAUUUGUAAUAUAUAAUUAUAUAUAUGUCUAUUUUUAGUCGGUAUUGUCCAUACCCAGUGCGGGGAUUGCCCGUACAGAAAGAUGUACUACCGAAAUAUAGAAAUACAGGUGCGUUUGAG